UCUAUAUAAAGCUAGAGAAGAAGAAGGAACUUCCGGCGAAGCAUAGAGUAUAGUUUGCUGUCAAAAGUGCGUUUAUUAUUUCUAUUUUAAAAUGAGUCGCACUUAUAACGAUGAGCUUCAGUAUCUGGAUAAAAUCCACAAAAACUGCUGGCGGAUCAAGAAGGGCUUCGUGCCGAACAUGCAGGUGGAGGGUGUUUUCUAUGUGAAUGAUCCUCUGGAGAAACUCAUGUUUGAGGAGCUGAGAAACGCCUGUCGUGGUGGAGGGUUUGGUGGUUUCUUGCCUGCUAUGAAGCAAAUUGGAAACGUUGCUGCCCUGCCAGGAAUCAUACAUCGGUCCAUCGGUUUACCAGACGUCCACUCCGGAUAUGGUUUUGCUAUCGGAAACAUGGCUGCGUUUGACAUGGACAACCCGGAGGCCGUGGUGUCUCCCGGUGGCGUGGGGUUUGACAUUAACUGUGGCGUCCGUCUGCUGAGGACUAACCUGGACGAGGGUGACGUGCAGCCGGUGAAGGAGCAGCUGGCUCAGUCCAUGUUUGACCACAUUCCCGUCGGAGUCGGAUCCAAGGGCGUCAUUCCCAUGGGAGCGAAAGAUCUGGAGGAAGCUCUAGAGAUGGGUGUGGACUGGUCUCUGAGGGAAGGAUACGCUUGGGCCGAGGAUAAGGAGCACUGUGAGGAAUACGGCCGAAUGCUGCAGGCCGAUCCCAACAAAGUCUCGUCCAAAGCCAAGAAGAGAGGACUGCCACAGUUGGGUACGCUGGGUGCAGGAAACCACUACGCUGAGAUUCAGGUGGUGGAUGAGAUCUACAACGAUUACGCUGCCAAGAAGAUGGGCAUCGACCACAAGGGGCAGAUCUGUGUGAUGAUCCACAGCGGCAGUCGGGGCCUCGGCCACCAGGUGGCCACAGAUGCAUUGGUUGCGAUGGAGAAGGCGAUGAAGCGGGAUCAGAUCAUAGUGAAUGACCGUCAGUUGGCCUGCGCUCGCAUCAUGUCUUCUGAGGGUCAGGACUAUCUGAAGGGCAUGGCGGCCGCCGGCAACUACGCCUGGGUCAACCGCUCCUCCAUGACCUUCCUCACCCGACAGGCCUUCUCCAAAGUCUUCAACACCACACCAGACGAUCUGGACAUGCACGUCAUCUACGACGUCUCGCACAACAUCGCCAAGGUGGAAGAGCACAUGGUGGACGGCAAACAGAAGACGCUUCUCUUGCACAGGAAGGGAUCGACGCGAGCGUUCCCGCCUCACCAUCCACUCAUACCCGUCGACUAUCAGCUGACCGGCCAGCCGGUUCUGAUCGGAGGAACCAUGGGCACCUGCAGUUACGUGCUGACCGGCACAGAGCAGGGCAUGACGGAGACGUUCGGCACCACGUGUCACGGAGCGGGUCGAGCUCUAUCCAGAGCCAAAUCCAGACGCAACCUGGACUUCCAGGACGUUCUGGAUAAACUGGCAGACAUGGGCAUCGCCAUCAGAGUGGCGUCACCAAAGCUGGUGAUGGAGGAGGCUCCUGAAUCCUACAAGAACGUCACAGACGUGGUGAACACGUGUCACGACGCCGGCAUCAGUAAAAAGGCCAUCAAGCUCAGACCGAUCGCUGUGAUUAAAGGCUGAAACAUCAAGAAGCUGCACGCAAGUUUCUGACCGCAGAAGACUCUGCAUCUCAAAUAUUUAACACAUGAAGGUGAUGUGGCUCAGGCGUUAUUUGUGUUUUGUUUUGGGUUUGAGGGUGAAUGUUUACACCAAGAGCUACUAAAGUGGAAUAAAAGCGUUGCAUCAGCACCUCAGCUUGUUCUCCUGAAUCUGCACAAGUACAUGAACGCAGCCGCUUCAAAUAAACUUCCAGCCGGAAAUCAGACGGAGAUUAGUAAAUACUUUAUUGGUCAUGACAAGAGAUCCACAAAAGAGAGUGAGAGGGCCUGUCCCAGCAUAUCAAAAAUAAAUCAAGUUUACACAGUCUA